AUGGUUCUGCAGCUCCACGUCUGGGGGCCGGCAUUCGGCCUGCCGUCCAUCGACGCAGAGUGCCUUGCUGCCAUCGCCUACCUCCACGAAAGCACCAGCCCAACCGAAUACCAACUCAUACAGACUAGUCCCUCAGCCGUCCCAACCCAGCAUCUCCCGGCCCUACACGACCCCUCGACCUCGACCUGGACAAGCGGCUUCUCGCGCAUAGCGACCCACCUCCAAACCCACCCACCACCGUCCUUCUCCGACCCGUCCCGACCAUCGCCCCUCGAACAGGCCGACAGCACAGCCUACACAGCCUUCCUGACCCAGCACGCGGCACCGCUACUCUCCCUCUCCUUGUACGUCUCCUCCGCCAAUUACGCCGCCGCCACCCGGCCCGCAUACAGCGCCAUCCUCCCCUUCCCGCUGCCCUGGACCGAGCCGCCGGCCGUCAGGGCCGUGAUGGUGCGCCGCGCAGAGCACCUGGGUAUGUCAAGCCUGGAUACAGACGCACGGGCGGAGAAGGAGCGCGAGGCGGAGGAGCGGGCGGCGGCUGAGGGGUGGGUGACUGUGCCGUCUGCGCUGAAACUGGGGAGACAGAAAGAGAAGGGGGUGGGUGGCAUGCUCAGUCCCGAGCAGAAGGCGAGGAUACGGUUGGAGGGCUUGGCGGCGGACGUGUUGGACGUGCUGGGGGAGGUGGAGGAUUGGAGUACACUGUCCCUGGCGGCGAGGUGCUUGGCGUUUGGGUAUCUAGCACUGAUGAUGCUGCCGGAUGUGCCCCGGCCGUGGCUGAGGGAGGUGAUGCGGCGGAGGUAUCCGGAACUGUGUGACUUUGUGAAUGGGUUUAGGAGGGAGGUCUUCCCCAAGGGGAGGACGCUGCCGUGGGCGGAGGACAAGGCUGGGAUGGCGGCUGCUGUUGUGGUGACGAGAUUCGCGCGGGGCGCGUUGUGUGAAGUACCGUGGAUUGGGGAGUAUUGGAGUCAAUGGUGGACGGCGAAGAAGAGGAGGCAGGUUCUGGCAGCGAGGGGUAUGAAGAACGGCUCUAGCAGUGGCAUGCUCCUGCUGCUCGAGGCUGGUUUGGGAAUGGCGCUUGUGGGUGCGGGUGCGUUCUUCUACCGCGGCCUGCCGCCCUUUGGGGAAGCAGUGCAGGUCUGGCGGAGGCCGUUGGGCACAUUGAGCGGUUUAGGUGCGGCAGGGGCUAUCUUUUCGGGGGCUCUCUACGGCUUGGAUUAG